AUGGAAGAGCAUGGCAAGGCGCUGGCCGAUCUGACGGCGGCUAUCGCGGCGAUGACGGCGAAGAUCGACGAGAUCCAUCCAGUCGUCCUCGAGUUCCAAGGGUGGAGGCCAACGAUCGAGCAAUCGGUCAAGGAUCUGCGAGCAGAGGUGGGCGAUCUGCGCGCGCAACUGUGGGACAAGGGCAAGGCGGCGGAUCCAGCCGCGCCGUUGCGCGCCCCUCCGCCAACAGGAUCCUCGCAGGCGCCGUCACAGCAACAGGCGCCCCUGCUCCUUCGACCACCACCGAUCCGACUGGGGGAUCUGCCACCAAUUCCAGGUCAGGUGGCGGACGAGCCCUUCCAGCGGGUGGAGGAGCCACUACCAGCUUCGGGUGGCGACGGCCACGGGCCAAUUGGCCACGGCAGGACAACAAUCCACCGGGGGAUGUCACCGGGGGAGCACACCCCGAGGGCGCCUCCGGUCACCGGUAUGCACAAUUUCCAGUCUCUGCUCGGGGAGGGUUCAUUCUGUGGGGAGCGCAACUAUCAUAGAUUUCCACCACCACCACGUUUCGAUUUUCCGCUGUUCGACGGGGAUGCUCCCCGAGCUUGGCGGCUGAAAUGCGAGGCAUAUUUCAGAGUGUGUACCCUUAGUCCGGAUGCAUGGGUGAGCUGCGCCGCGAUGUACUUCAUCGACGGAGCUUUAUCUUGGUUGCAAUCUACCAAGGCUCACCUGAUUUACACUGAUUGGGGCACCUUUGCUGAAGCGGUCUGUGUGCAGUUCGGGCGUGAGGAAUUUUAG